CAGCCCGGGGACAGCCAGACCCCCGCCCGCAGCUCAGCGCCGGCCCGCGGCGGCGCGGCGGAGCCAUGAGCUGGGGCACGGAGCUGUGGGACCAGUUUGAGAGCCUGGAGAAGCACACCCAGUGGGGCCUGGAGGUGCUGGAGAAGUACAUCAAGUUCGUCAAGGAGCGCACGGAGAUCGAGCUCAGCUAUGCCAAGCAGCUCAGGAACCUGUCCAAGAAAUACCAACCCAAAAAGAACUCCAAGGAGGAGGAGGAGUACAGGUACACCUCCGGCAGGGCCUUCCUGGCCACCCUCAGCGAGCUGAGCGACUACGCCGGGCAGCACGAGGUGAUCUCGGAGAACAUGAGCGCCCUGAUCGGCGCCGAGCUGCACCGCUGCCUGCUCGACCUCAAGCAGGAGAGGAAGGCGCACUUCCAGGAGGGCAGGAAGGCUCAGCAGCACAUGGAGACCUGCUGGAAGCAGCUGGAGGCAAGCAAGAGGAGGUUCGAGAGAGACUGCAAGGAGGCAGAGAGGGCCCAGCAGUACUUCGAGAAGAUGGAUGCUGACAUCAAUGUCACCAAGGCAGAUGUGGAGAAGGCCAGGCAGCAGGCCCAGCUGAGGCAGCAGAUGGCAGAGGAGAGCAAGGCAGAGUACUGCUCCACGCUGCAGAGGUUCAACAGCGAGCAGCACGAGCACUACUACACACACAUCCCCACCAUCUUCCAGAAGAUCCAGGAGAUGGAGGCCAGGAGGAUCCUGCGGCUGGGGGAGUCCAUGAAGGCCUUCGCCGAGGUGGAUCGCCAGGUGAUGCCCAUCAUCGGCCGCUGCCUGGACGAGAUCACCAGGGCUGCAGAGCUGAUUGACCACAACAGUGACUCCCAGCUGGUCAUAGAAGCCUUCAAGUCAGGGUUUGAGCCCCCAGGGGACGUCGACUUCGAGGACUUCACGCAGCCGAUGAAGAGGACGGUGUCUGAGUCCAGCCUCUCCAACUCCAGGGGGGAGGGCAAGGCUGAGCCCAAGUUUGGGAGCAAGUCCAAGGGCAAGCUGUGGCCAUUCAUCAAGAAAAACAAGCUUAUGUCCCUUUUAACAUCCCCUCAUCAGCCCCCUCCUCCUCCCCCUGCCUCUGCCUCACCCUCUGCUGUUCCCAACGGCCCCCAGUCUCCCAAGCAGCCAAAGGAACCCCUCUCCCACCGCUUCAACGAGUUCAUGACCUCCAAACCCAAAAUCCACUGCUUCAGGAGCCUAAAGCGUGGGCAGACUCAGUCUUUGUACAUUCACAAAGAGCUGAUGAAGAGGACUUUAGGGACCCCCACGUGUGCCAUUGAGGCUAGGGAGUAUGUUCUUUCUCUCAAGCUGGGAGCAGGGCCAGAGGACUUCAGCAAUCUGCCACCUGAGCAGAGGAGGAAGAAGCUCCAGCAAAAGGUGGAUGAACUAAACAGAGACAUCCAGAAGGAGCUGGAUCAAAGAGAUGCCUUAACCAAGAUGAAAGAUGUCUACAGCAAGAACCCUCAGAUGGGAGACGCUGCCAGCGUGGACCAGAGGCUGGCAGAGCUGGGGCAGAACAUCGAGAGGCUGCGGCUGGAGGUGCAGAAGUUUGAGGGCUGGCUGGCAGAGGUGGAGGGCAGGCUGCCCGCACGGAGCGAGCCGGGGCGGCGCCAGAGCAGCCUCUAUGAGGCUCAGCACACAGCAGCCAUCAACAGCUGUGCCCAGGACAGAGAGAGCAGCCCAGAUGGCAGUUACACAGAGGAGCAGAGCCAGGAGGCCGAGGUGAAGGUGCCUGCCACCGACUUUGACGAUGAGUUUGAUGAUGAAGAGCCUCUGCCCACCAUAGGAACCUGCAAAGCUCUCUACACGUUCGAAGGCCAGAAUGAAGGAACCAUCUCGGUGGCGGAGGGGGAGCUGCUCUACGUCAUCGAGGAGGACAAAGGCGACGGCUGGACGCGGAUCCGGCGCAGCGAGGACGAGGAGGGCUACGUCCCCACCUCCUACCUGGAAGUCUGCCUGGACAGAAACGCCAAAGGUGCCAGGACUUACAUUUAAUGCUUCUCUUGGCCCUGCCUGGGCACAGCCACCCAGCCCUGCAGCUGCCCUGGGUCAGCCCAGAGCCUCGGCCGAGCCUGUG